UGGAACAGAUCCAUAUCUGAGAAAAAGAAAUUAAUUCUUCUUCUUCUUCUUCUUCUUCUUGUUUUGGCUCAAAGGAUAGGAUUAGGUAGAGCAUUAUAUUAUAUUGCAGCAAGAUUGUUAUGGGCAGGCAACCUUGCUGUGAUAAGUUGGGCGUGAAGAAAGGGCCGUGGACUGCUGAGGAAGAUCGGAAGCUCAUCUCUUUCAUCCUCACCAAUGGCCACUGCUGCUGGCGCGCCGUCCCUAAGCUCGCCGGCCUCCGCCGCUGCGGCAAGAGCUGCCGCCUCCGCUGGACUAACUACCUCCGCCCUGACUUGAAGCGCGGCCUUCUUACUCAAGAGGAAGAGAACCUCGUCAUUGAUCUCCAUGCACGCCUCGGCAACAGGUGGGCAAAAAUUGCAGCAAGAUUACCUGGGAGAACAGACAAUGAGAUCAAGAACCAUUGGAACACUCAUAUAAAGAAGAAGCUUAUAAAGAUGGGAGUAGAUCCACUGACACAUGAGCCAUUACAGAAAGAUGAUGAAGAAAUGCUGCCACCAUCUUCAUCAAAUUCUGGUGACCAAAAGCAUAAACCUGCAGAGAAUGAUGAUGAUCUGGAAGAAGAAGAAGAGCUACCAAAAAUGGAAGAACAUAAGCAGUGCUCUAGCAAGGAAGCUGCCAUGUUUGCAGCAGCUCCACAGCCACAGGUGGAAGCUGAUUAUUAUGACCAGUUAUGGUCAGACACAUUUUUCAACGAUCUGUCAUGGAGUACUUUUGGAGGAGAUGAAUGCAGUGACUUUGGCAUGUCAUCAUCUUCUCAUGGAAGCUCAGAAUGGCUCAUGGAUUUGCAAGAUUUUGGUGAAGAUCAAAGCUGGGCAUUAUUGCCUGGUAAUCAGCCUCCCAAGAACAUGGACAUGGAGAUUCACACACAGGAUAUAAUAACCUGGAAGUUCUGAUGAUAUGAUGAACAUGUGAUCAUCAUGUGACAUUAAUUAAUGUAUAAACAAGAAUACUUGGGCCAAUUUUACCAGUCCUGCAAACUUGUAGAAUAAGAAUACAAUAUAAAGCGUGGUUUGAAGGGGCUUAAAUUUCACUUUUUUUUUUUUUCCUGAAAAGAAUGUAUUAAGGAUGAAGAUUGCCCCGCUCCAAGGAGAUUGAGAGGCUGAGAAACUGAUAAUAUAUAUUCUGGGUAUGAAUAAGAAAUGUACGUAGUUUGAAACAAAGCAUAUGUAAGAGUGGGAUUCAUAUUCAGAGAACAAAAUUUCACUUACAGCAA